AAACAGGAUAUAUAUGUGUUUGUAUAUAAGUAUUUAAAUUCUGCAAGAUCUUCUGCACUGCAUAUUUAGUGACAUGUAGUAUAUAAUGUAUGAAUUUUUUAGUUUCUUUGUGUUCCUUCCUUUUUCCAAAAUUAUAAAACUAAAACAAAAGAACCCUUUGUCUAAAGCUUAGUCCCUUGCUUUACACUACUCAUCAUACUAAGCACUCUUUCUGCUUUCCUUUUUUCUACAUACACCAUCACACUUCUUUCUCACUCAAACCAUUCAUCCUCCAACUAAAUCUCAAUCAAUGGAGAGAACCCUUCUGCAUGUUACAAUUAUACUGCUUUUUAUUCCUUUUAUUUCAGUUUUUGCAGCAGAACAAGGCGACUUCUCGUCGAUUAAAACAGAUGUAGUGGCCCUCUUAGCUUUCAAGAAGAUGAUUCAGAAGGACCCUAAUGAAGUCCUUUCAAGUUGGCAGCUCAACAGGAAUCCUUGCUCAUGGUAUGGAGUGAAAUGUACUUCUAAUAGAGUCACUGAACUUGAUCUUUGCAGGAGUAAUCUUGUUGCCACACUCUCUUUUGCUCCUUUGGCUUCUCUAAAUAUGUUAACUCUCCUCAAUUUGUCUGCAAAUUCAUUUACUGUAAAUUCAUCAUCUUUGGUUCAACUUCCAUAUGGUUUGAAACAUCUUGAAUUAUCUUCGAUUGGAAUGGCAGGCCUGAUUCCGGAGAAUUUUUUCUCUAAGUAUCCAAAUCUUUUGUCUAUCAACCUGCAUAACAAUUCUCUAACUGGUUUGCUACCAGAAACUCUUUUUCUGAAUUUAGAUACUCUUCAGCAUCUUGAUCUAUCUAUGAAUAAUAUCAGUGGAUCUGUUUCGAGUUUGAAAAUUGAGACCUGCAAUUCCUUGUUGCAUCUUGAUUUGUCUAUAAACAAAUUAGGGGAUUCAGUUCCUUUAUCUCUUUCAAAUUGCACAAAUCUCAAAAGUUUGAAUUUUUCGUAUAAUCUGCUCACUGGGAGCAUACCACAGUCUCUUGGUAAUCUUGACAGCUUACAAAGACUUGAUCUUUCUCAUAAUCAUCUUACAGGAUGGAUCCCAUCCGAGUUGGGUAAUGCGUGCAGCUCGUUUUUAGAGCUUAGGUUAUCAAACAACAACUUUACAGGGACUGUUCCGACAUCCAUCUCAUCAUGUUCUUGGCUGCAAGUUCUUGACUUGUCAAGCAACAAUCUUACUGGCCCUUUUCCUGAUUUAGUUCUUAAAGACUUGGCAUCACUUGAGAGUUUGAUUUUAAGCAGUAACAGGAUUUCUGGAGCAUUUCCUGUGUCCAUUUCGUCAUGCCAAAAGUUGCGCAUUGUAGACUUUAGCUCCAAUAUGCUCUCUGGAAGUCUUCCACGAGAUAUCUGUCCAGGAGCUGCUUCACUUGAAGAACUGAGACUUGCAGAUAAUUCUAUAAGUGGACAGAUCCCUGUUGAAUUGUCACUGUGUUCUAAGCUAAAGACAAUAGAUUUCAGCCUGAAUUAUCUCAAUGGAUCAAUACCAGCAGAGUUCGGGAGGCUAGCAAAUCUUGAGCAGCUAAUCGCCUGGUACAAUGGAUUACAGGGAAAUCUACCAGCAGAACUAGGCAAUUGCAAGAAUCUAAGGGAUCUAAUCCUCAACAAUAAUCACUUGAGUGGUCAAAUACCAGCUGAAUUGCUUAACUGCAGUAAUCUAGAAUGGAUAUCCCUCACAAGUAAUGUACUCACUGGUGAGAUUCCCAGGAGAUUUGGUCUUCUGUCAAGGCUGGCCGUCUUGCAACUUGGUAACAAUCGUCUGAGUGGUCCGAUCCCCCUGGAGUUGGCGAAUUGCAGCAGUUUGGUGUGGCUAGACUUGAACAGCAACCAGCUAACUGGGGAGAUCCCACCUCGACUUGGGAGGCAGCUUGGAGCGACAGCAUUGAGUGGAAUUCUCUUAGGAAAUACUUUGGUAUUUCUUCGCAAUGUUGGUAAUUCUUGUAAAGGUGUCGGGGGUUUACUAGAGUUUUCUGGAAUUCGACCCGAAAGGCUGUUACAGGUUCCCACAUUGAAGAGUUGUGAUUUAACAAGAAUGUACUCUGGUCCAGUCCUGAGCCUCUUCACACAGUACCAGACUCUGGAGUAUCUUGAUCUUUCUUAUAACGAGCUUCAAGGCGAUAUACCUGUUGAAUUUGGGGAAAUGAUAGCCUUACAAGUCCUUGAGCUAGCACAUAACCAGCUCUCUGGGGAAAUCCCUUCAUCACUUGGGCAACUAAAGAACUUGGGUGUGUUUGAUGCAUCACACAACAGAUUGCAGGGUCACAUCCCUGAAUCCUUCUCACAGUUGUCUUUUUUGGUGCAAAUUGAUCUCUCAGACAACGAAUUAACCGGAGAAAUUCCACCAAGGGGACAACUUAGUACACUACCUGCAAGCCAAUACGCAAACAACCCAGGGUUAUGUGGGGUUCCAUUGCCUGAAUGUCAGGCUUACAACAAACCAGCAGCAGAUCCGAAUGAGGGUAGGAAGAAAGGCCGUGGAGCUGCAUCAUGGGCUAAUAGUAUUGUCCUGGGAAUUCUCAUAUCUGUUGCUUUUAUCUGCAUCUUAAUUAUCUGGGGAAUCGCUAUGCGUGCAAGGAGGAAAGAGGCAGAAGAAGUUAAGAUGCUUCAUCAGUUGCAGGCAUCCCAUGCAGCCACAACAUGGAAAAUUGAAAAAGAGAAAGAACCUUUGAGCAUUAAUGUUGCCACAUUUCAGAGGCAACUCAGAAAGCUCAAGUUUUCACAACUGAUAGAGGCAACUAAUGGCUUCUCAGCAGCCAGUCUUAUAGGGUAUGGUGGUUUCGGAGAAGUCUUCAAGGCAUCUCUCAAAGAUGGAUCAAGUGUUGCAAUCAAGAAACUCAUACGUCUGAGUUGCCAAGGGGAUAGGGAAUUCACUGCAGAAAUGGAAACUUUGGGGAAGAUCAAGCACAGGAACCUGGUCCCUUUAUUGGGUUACUGCAAAAUUGGCGAGGAGAGACUACUAGUUUAUGAGUUCAUGGAAUUUGGAAGCCUUGAAGAAAUGCUCCAUGGUAGAAGCAAGACACGAGACAAACGGUUUUUAACUUGGAAGGAGCGUAAGAAGAUAGCAAGAGGGGCUGCCAAAGGACUUUGUUUCUUACACCACAACUGCAUUCCCCACAUCAUACACCGCGACAUGAAGUCAAGCAAUGUUCUCCUAGACCACGAAAUGGAAGCCAGGGUAUCAGAUUUCGGUAUGGCAAGGCUCAUCAGUGCCCUUGACACACAUCUCAGUGUGAGCACCUUGGCAGGUACUCCUGGAUACGUCCCCCCAGAGUACUACCAAAGCUUCCGCUGCACAGCAAAGGGAGACGUAUACUCAUUUGGGGUCGUGCUUUUGGAGCUUGUGACCGGCAAAAGGCCAACUGAUAAAGAAGAUUUUGGAGAUACCAACUUAGUUGGCUGGGUAAAAAUGAAGGCCAGAGAGGGAAAAGGAAUGGAAGUAAUUGAUCCAGAGCUGAUCGCAGAGACUACAGGAACAGAUAAAGGAGAAGAACCCGAAGAAAUCAAAGAAAUGGUAAAAUAUCUGCAGAUAACGCUCCAAUGUGUCGACGACUUCCCUUCCAAAAGGCCUAAUAUGUUGCAACUAGUAGCAAUGCUGAGACAACUUCUACCAGAAAGUGGAGAAGGAAGUAGUGGUUGACACCAUCACCACACUGUUAAUAAGAUUAUAAUUUGUUUCAGAAGCUGUAAGGAUUGUAACUUUUGUUCUCAGGCAUCUGAGUUGUUUGUAUAAUAUUGCAACAUUUCAUAUUUUUACCAAAUAACUAUCCCAAAAUCCAGAAUGCAGACAUUGAACAUGUGCAGUAUCAGAUUACAAUGUGUUA